AUGGGAAAAUUGAAAAAAAAUCAAGCAAAGGAUUCGGCUUCUCGAACCGACUUGACUACUUUACCAAACCCAACAAAUGCAUCGAUUGCAGCCUGUCUAAGUACACGCUAUGACACCUUCAAGAUUUACACAAACAUUGGUUCCCGUCAUAUUGUCGCAGUCAAUCCUCUUAAAGAGCUUGCUAUUAACGACGAUCAAACCAGUUUAGAAUAUGUGGCUGCUUACAAGGAUGCAUCAGGAAGUAAUAAUCAAUUACAGGCUUCCUUAAUGGAUCCUCACUUGUUUGACUUGGUAAACCGUGUCUAUUUCCAUAUGAGAAGAACUGGAAGCGAUCAAAAUAUUGUUUUACGUGGUGAAUCCAGUAGCGGAAAGUCCGAAAUCCGUAAAUUAACUAUCCGACACUUGGUACGACUAAGUAGCCAUCGCAAAGAAUCCAAAGUACAGACACAAAUCAUAGAAUCACAAAAGAUAUUGGAAGCAUUCGGACAAUGUCAAGUACAAGAUAACUUGUCUGGCUCUCGCUUUGGUUAUUAUGGAGAAAUUCAAUUUAACGAAAGAGGACGAAUGGUCGGUGCCAAAACAUUGCAUUACUUAUUGGAAAAGUCCCGUGUUACAGGUCAUUCAUCCCCCUCAGCCUCUGAUGGCAACUUCGAUGUGUUUUAUUAUUUACUGGCUGGUGUAUCUCCAGAAGAAAGAACAGCGCUACAACUGAUUAGUCCAGAUCCUUCUUCAUAUCCAUAUUUAGCAAAGUACAAGAAACGCACAGUACAAGCUGAUGAUGCAUCUCAUUUUGAGCAACUCAAGUCUUCACUCAAGGCAGGUGGAUUCAGAAAAGAGCAUAUUGGUCGUAUUGUCCAGCUGCUUGCUACUAUUCUUCAUCUCGGUAAUUUAGUUUUCGUUGACCCAGUCGGCACGGGAACACAAGAGGCUGCUUUCGUCAAGAAUACCGAACAACUCGAUAUUGUAGCCGACUUUUUAGGCUUAGAUCCUCGAGCAUUAGAAAAUGUACUAACAUUUAAGACAACUAUGAUUCGCAAGGACUUUACUACCUUGAUUUUGAAUGCUGAACAAGCUGCUCUUCAACGCGAUAAUCUCUGUCAAACAUUGUACUCACUCUUGUUUUCUUGGAUUGUUGAGCGUAUCAAUAGCAAGACAUGUGUAGAAGAAUUCAACAGUUUUAUUGGCAUCUUGGACUUCCCAGCAUUACAGACUUCAGACAAUGUUGUUGCCGGAUUCGAUCAACUCUGCCUCAAUUUGAGUAAUGAGCGCAUUCAACACUAUCUUGAUCAGACCAUGUUCCAGACCGAAGCUGAACUAUUCCGGGCAGAAGGUUUGCCAGUUCCAGAAUUCUCCCUAGAUGACAACUGUAUCGAUCUUUUGAACCGUCCUAAGGGUGUUUGCGACUUGAUCAACACAAUGACAGAUGUGUCUAAGCGUGCCUACACUGACGCUAACAUCAUGGACUCUCUUGUCAAGUUCAAUUCUACGCAUGCUGCAUUCUCAGUCAAAAACACUGAUACCAACUCACGCAGAUUCGUCAUCAACCAUUACAGUGGUAACUCUCCUGUUCAAUACUCAACUGAAGGUUUUAUCGAUGAAAACAACAGCCAGAUAUCAGUCGAUUUUGUCUCUCUCUUUAAGGGCGGUAUGGAUGUUCAGCCUUCUUGGAAUACAUUCAUUGUUGACUUGUUUGCUAACGUCAAGAUUGAAAAUCAUCCUAAACACUCUGCUAUGGUUGGUGCUCAACAAUCAGCCAAACCAAUGCGUGCACCUUCACAACGUCGUUCUACUCGUAGAAAAGAAGGAAACAAUAAUGAUGAAAAGAAAGACAUAGCAAUUACUCCAACAACAACAGUACUUCAACAAAUUCAAUCUGCUCUUGAUGAACUUAUUCAGUCAUUUGAAGAAGUCAAGCUAUGGACAGUCUUUUGUAUUUUACCUAAAAAUCCUGCUACCGGAUUCUCUAAGAACCUGUUUGAUACUAAAUUUGUUGAAUCUCAAUUAGAGCAAAUGAAGCUUGGCUCCAUUGUACAAUUGCCUACAACUCAAUACGUUGAAUCGUAUGGACAUCAGGAGUUCUUGGACCGCUAUGCUCACUUGUUUGCUCAGUUGGAUACUUCUCGGCUCGCUCGCUCACAAUGUGAAGCAGCCGCAGACUUAAUGAAUUGGCAAUCAGACAUGAUGUGCAUAUCCCAAAGCAAGGUGUUCUUGAAUGCUGUAGCAUGGCGCGAAUUAGAAGACCAGCUUAGAUCAUUUGAAAAGACACAACAAAGACAAGCCAAAGAUACUGCUAGUGUACGUGAUGCAUCACAUCCAUUUGCAGCCACAGCAGCAGCAGUCGGUCUUCCUCUACCUACACAACACUAUGCUCACGAUGAUCAAGGUUCAUACUAUUCUGAAGAUGAAUCAGGUCAUUAUGUAGAAAACGAAGGCUCCUACUAUGGCUCUGAAUCCUAUGCUUACUCUACAACAGGCAGUGAUAUGAAAAAUGGGCUUGACUUGAUGCCACCACAAGAACCCAUCAUUGAAAACUUGGACGAAACAGAAGAAGACGAAGCAAAAAUGACGCCAGGCCGUAAACGUUGGCUUUACUUUGUAUAUUUUUGUACUUGGUGGAUUCCUUCCAAAUUCAUGAUUUGGUGCGGUCGUAUGAAGCGUAAAGAUGUGCGUAUUGCUUGGAGAGAAAAAGUCACUUUAUGUAUGCUUAUCUUCUUGAUGUGUGCUUUUGUUAUCUGGUUCUUGGUCUUCUUUAGUGAAAUUGUCUGUCCCAAGCAGCAUGUGUUUUCUGCUUCUGAACUUCAAGGUCAUGGUACAGAUGCGACAAACAAAUAUGUGGCUAUUCGUGGUGAAGUGUUUGACUUGGGCAAUUUUGCUCCCCAUCAUUAUCCUGCUAAUCUUGUGCCUCAAUCUUCUGUAUUGAGUUAUGCUGGUAAAGACGCUACUGAUUUGUUCCCUGUUCAAGUCUCUGCUCUUUGUCAAAAUGCAGACGGCACUGCCAUCUCUCCUUAUGUCAGCUACGAUUACCAAGUCAACUUGACAGACAGUAAUGGUCAAUACCAUGACUUUAGAUACAACUCAGACAGCUAUAAUCCUAAUUGGUACUAUGACCAAAUGACUUUAUUACGUAAAAACUACAAAGUUGGCCAUAUGGGUUAUGAAUGGAAGGCUAUCUCUGAUCAAGCCAAGAGUUCUACUACUAUCAACGGUAUUCAGUCAUUGCGUAUGUGGGCUGUUAUUGAUGACCGUAUCUAUGAUUUGACUGCUUACAAUAUGGGUGGUCGAUACUUGAGAGGUCCUUCCGGUGAAGCUAUUCCUUCAGGCAUCAGUACUGAUUUCAUGUCACAAUCCGUAGUCGAUCUCUUCAGACAAAAAUCAGGUUCAGAUAUUACAAGCGAUUUCAACAAUCUUGAUAUGGACGCUGCUUCUCGUCAACGUGAACUUGUUUGUCUUCGUAACUUGUUUUUUGUGGGUUAUGUUGAUACAAGAAACUCUCCCAAGUGUCAAUUCUCAACCUACUUGCUUUUGAUUGUUACUAUUCUCAUGGCUUCUGUAAUCGUAUUUAAGUCUUUGGCUGCUGUUCGUAUUGGUGGUAAGCGUGCACCUGAAGAGCAUGACAAGUUUGUUAUCUGUCAAGUGACAUGUUAUACUGAAGACGAAGAUUCACUCCGAAAGACAAUUGACUCACUUUCUGUAUUGGACUAUGAUGAUAAACGCAAGCUCUUGUUUGUCAUUUGUGAUGGUAUGAUUGUCGGUAGUGGUAACGAUUUGCCUACACCUCGUAUUGUGCUUAAUAUCUUGGGUGUGGAUGCUCAAGUAGACCCUGAACCAUUAUCAUUUAUCUCUGUGGGUGAUGGCAAUAAGCAACACAACAUGGGUAAAAUUUAUUCUGGUCUUUAUGAAGUUGCUGGUCAUGUUGUACCCUAUAUCGUUGUUGCCAAGUGUGGUAAUCCUCGAGAACGCCAAAAGCCUGGUAACCGUGGUAAGCGUGAUUCUCAAUUGGUGUUGAUGCAAUUCUUGAACCGUGUACAUUACGAUGCCCCUAUGAACCCACUUCAACUUGAAAUCUAUCACCAAAUGAAGAAUGUGAUUGGUGUAAGUCCUGAAUUCUAUGAGUUUGUACUCAUGGUGGACGCUGAUACAGAAGUUAUGCGUGAUGGUCUAAAUUAUCUUGUCUCAAGUACAGUUCAUGACAGCAGAAUCAUUGGUAUUUGUGGUGAAACUACCUUGUCUAACGAGAAAGAUACUUGGGUUACAAUGAUUCAAGUGUACGAAUACUUUAUUUCUCACCAUCUUAUUAAGGCAUUUGAAUCCUUGUUCUCUACUGUCAGUUGUUUGCCUGGUUGUUUCACUAUGUACCGUGUCCGUACUGUGGAUGGAAAGCGUGCUUUGUUUGUCUCGAAUGAAAUUAUCUCAGACUACUCUGUGAAUGUUGUUGACACUUUGCAUAAGAAGAACUUGCUUCAUUUGGGUGAAGAUCGUUAUUUGACCACCCUUUUGUUAAAGCACUUCCCUGAUUUCAAGACCAAAUUUAACCCUGAUGCUCACUGUAUGACCAACGCUCCUGACCUCUGGAGUGUGUUGAUUUCUCAGCGCCGUCGUUGGAUUAACUCUACUGUUCACAACUUGGGUGAGUUAGUCUUCUUGCCUCGUCUUUGUGGUUUCUGUUGUUUCUCCAUGCGUUUCGUCGUCAUGCUGGAUUUGAUCAGUACUUUAGUGAUGCCUGCUGUUAUGGGUUAUCUGGGUUAUUUGAUUUACACUUUGGCUACAUUGGAUGAUACGGUACCCAUUAUUACUAUUGCCACUAUUGCUGGUACUUAUGGUCUUCAAGCUAUGAUCUUUAUUAUGAAGGGACGUUGGGAAUUCAUUGCCUGGAUGCUUGUGUCUAUUCUUGCUCUUCCCGUCUUUUCUUUCUAUAUUCCUGUUUAUUCAUACUGGCACUUUGAUGAUUUCUCAUGGGGUAACACCCGUGUGGUCGUUGGUGACAAAGGUAAGAAAUACGCUGUGGCUGCUGAUGAAGGCGCUUUUGAUCCCAAGUCUAUUCCUACCAUGAAAUGGUCUGAAUACGAACAAGCUUUGCUGGCUGAAGAUCAUUGGAGUGAUAACAUGUCUCAAGGAAGCAGUAGUGGAUACACGCAUGCUAGUCGUCAAAGUGGUCGUAGUGCUAGUCGCAUGAAUCCCAACGUGGCUCCUGGUGCUGCUUCUGUUGUGUAUAGCCAACAUAUGCCUUUGAUGCAAGAUAACAUGAGUGUCUACUCACAAGGCAUGCAACAAGGUCGUAUGAGUACUAACUUCAAUGACCAUCAAAGCAUGGUGAUGCCUUCCUCUGCCUCUAUGCCCAUGAUGCAGUAUGCCAAUAGUACCAACAUGCUUCCUAUGAACUCAAGCCGUUCCAUGGCCUCUUUUGCACCUGCCUCAUUCAAUAAUCAACCUGGACAAUACAUCCCAAUGCAACAAUCCCAAUUCAAUAGCAGUAAUUCCAUUAUGAUGGAUGGAUUUACUAUGGGUGAUAACACUGGUCCAAAGAACGAAGAAAUCAUGUUCCAAGUGCAACGUAUUCUAAGCACAGCUGAUCUCACCAAAGUGACCAAGAAACAAGUACGUGAAGAACUUCAAACUAUCUUUGGCGUGUCGAUGGCAUCUCGAAAAGAUUACAUUAACGCAUGUAUUGAAAACAUUCUUCAGAACAGAGCCUAAUUUAUAAUCAUACCCCCCUUCUGU